GCUUCCUGUAGGCAGCGGGAUGAGCGCAGACAAAGCUGGGUGGGGACUCGCCGCUCGGGGCUGCUGCUGACCACCAUCCUCCUCCUCCUGCUGCUGCUGCUGCUGCGGCCGCGUCCCCCCGGCCCUCCCUCCUCCAUCCCAGCGCCCGUCCGUCCGUCCAUCCCGCUGUCCGUCUGUCCGUCCCGCCGCCGCCCGCCCCGCGGGGAACCGGGGCACCGCUUCCAGGGCAGCGAAGGGCCAAGAGGAGCAGAGCUUCCCUUAGAGGCACAGAUCAGCGGAGAGAUCAGCUUCUGCCCAUCCCGAGAGCCCUCCUGGCCUGCCCAUGGCUAGCAACAACACUGCUAGCAUAGCACAGGCCCGCAAGCUGGUGGAGCAGCUGAAGAUGGAGGCCAACAUCGACAGGAUAAAGGUGUCCAAAGCAGCAGCAGACCUGAUGGCGUACUGUGAAGCCCACGCCAAGGAGGACCCUCUCUUGACCCCCGUCCCGGCCUCAGAAAACCCCUUUAGAGAGAAGAAGUUCUUCUGUGUGAUCCUGUAAACCCAGGAGGAGCCUGACGGGCACUCAGGCCACCCUGAACACUGAUGUAGAGUUUUUAGGAAUGGGGACGACCUGCUGGUCCGCAGAAUUUAAACAAAAAUAAGUAAAAAACACGGCCUGGAAGCUACAGAGAUGUGCAUGUUUAAAGAACCUGGCCACCUUUGGGGGAAUCAGAUGAUCUGCAUUGCAAGGCAAAAGAUCUGAAGUCUGUAGAGUUGCCUAGAAAGAGAAAAACAAACAAAAAAAAAAACCCAUGUAAAGAAUAAAUCUGUGUCACUUUUCUGCUCACAAAA